AUGCCUGUGUCGUGGCAAGUGAAGCAGCAAUCGGCCGCGGUGCAGUACACUGUCGAGGACGAAUUCGUAGAGGCCGCUGUGGGUGUCAAGGAGCUCAUUGGGGGGCGCAAACUUUUGGAAGAGAUUGGCGUGCAGGUAGAGCUGCCAAUGAAGGCGCUUGUCUACAAUUAG